AUGGGUCCCUCGCUCAGAGGUCAUACCUCAAUGACUUCAAUGGCUGCUCGACCUCAGACCCGCGAUACGAAUCGCCCUGCUACUCGAGAACAGCAAGUUGACAAUGCCAUGGUUCCUAGCAGAACCUCGUCUCUCCACUCACGAAUCACCCAGCCUCUCCCCUCGACACUGGCAAAGUCGAAUAACCGGCCUACGCCAAAGACGUUGACCCAUGCGUACAUGGUCUGUGGAGUGGGAAGAGAACCAUCGCAAUGGGUCAAGGCACCACCUCCAUCACAUGGCAAGAUCCAACAUAUGAAAGGAGCUGUGGGCCAGUUUUGGCUUCCGGAGAUUUUGGGGAGCAGUCCCAGACUGGAGAGCGACAAUGAGAUUGCAAGAGCUUUACACAGCGCCAUGAGGGCGUGCUUUCCGCACGACGUUGAGAUCUGCACGGGCAGAAGCCAACCACACUGCGUUCACCACUCCUUCGUCCUCCAGCAGGACUCCCAGCACACUCUAUACGGCAUUGCCCUGCGGGUUUGGUCACGGGCUGACGAGAAACGUGCCGAAACCAUUCGCGACCUGCGCCGCAAGACCGAGCCCGACUAUAGAGACGUGGCAGACGAGACCUACUGGAUUCCCUACUGCCUGAGUUUCCUCUCCAGGUAUCCCCUGUACAACCUUUUGGGAGACUACCUGCGAGGAAUGUGGAUUCACUGGAACAAGGCCACCAAUCUGUUUCAUGCCGAGGAGGUGUCGAGAAUCCUCAGCUUUCCUGCUCCACGACUAAACGACCUUGUACGGAUCGAUAUGAAAGAUUAUGCACUUUGUUAUCAAUUCCCAUCCUCACCUACUGGAUUCCAGAACUUCAACAUGUGGCCGCUCUUCUGCUGCUUGAGCAUCCCCAAUAUCGUAGGCCUGAUUGAAGCAGCAGUCUCGCCUACACGCCGCAUCAUCCUCACCAGCCACCACCCGGCGAUGCUGACCAUUGCAGCUGAGACCAUCAGAUUCUGUGUUCGAGUAUACGAGUGGAGCGGUCUGUAUGUGCCUGUUGUCCAUGCUCGCAAUGCCAGCGAGAUGGUGCAAGAGCCGGGACCAUACAUCCUAGGUAUCACCACCGAAUGCCGAUCACUCUUCCAACCUCCCAAGGAUGCUCUCCUCGUCGACCUGGACCGGAAUCUCGUCAUCACUGAUCAUCCCCCAAAUAUCUUGACCGCUGGCCAACGUACCAAGAUGAUCAAUCGCCUAACACAAGCUCUGAAUAGCGACGUCGAGAUUAGCGGCGUCCCCCAACAUCUCAAGUCGGCGUAUGGAGGUGGCAAGCUCAUCCCCGCAGGACAGAUCAUUGUUCUGCGUGGUGAGGUUGAAAGCGUUCAAGAUCCCUCAUGGUGGAACCAAGACGCCGUGAUGGCGGUCAUGGACCACGUGUGCGAGAAGCUCGGCCGCAACACUGGUGUCAAAGCCAUCUUCGGUGGGACCAUGAAGAAACCCCUGAUGACCAAGAUCUCCAUGAGGCACAUGAAUGAGAUUGUUCGAGAACGCAAUCAAUAUUCAAGAGACGCACUCGAAGCAUGGCAGGACUUUAUCAAUCUCAAGGGCCGCAUGGAUACAGAGCUUGCCAAGGUUGCAAAGAGGAAUAACUACCUCGAGCAAGAAGUGGAGACGUGGAAGCUGCAAUUCCAGAAAUUCCAAGCCUUUGUCGAGUCUCUCAACAAGGAGUUGGCUGAACUGCGUGUCAAGAUUGAGUCUCACAAGCGUGAGAACCGCAGACUCACUGGUCUCAUCGAUCAACAGAAAGACGAUGCUGCUCGUCUGGCUCUACGCUUGUCUGGCACUGAGAGACAGCGUGACAACGCCCUGGAGGCAUUGGUGCUCCAGCAGGGCAUUGCCGAAGAUUUGGAGAAGGAGCGUGCUCGCAAUCGCAAGGAGAUUGCUGCCCUGCAACAUACCAACCAGACCCUGCAGAGACAACGUGACGAAGCUCAGCGUGUUGUUCUACACCUUCGAUCCCUGAUCACCGGCCAAACCCACCACAUGGAACACAUUGUUCGUUCCAUCGGAUCUGCUUCCGAGUUGGCCGAGUACAUCAACGAAGGGUACGAAGAGGAGGAAGAAGAGGAGGGAGAAGGAAACCCUGAUGAAGAAGAGCAGGAUGGAACUGCCGAGGAUGGUGAAGGGCUUAAGCAUGCCAGACUGACCGCACGACCAUCAAGGUCUGGCUCCAUCGACGGCCAAGACGUUACACCGCAAAUGGAGAACAAGCUCCUGGCCGCCAGCAAGAGAGCUAGUAAACGCUAUUCAGAGCUCAGCAUGUCUGAUGUGGCUGAUCGUCAUCUCCGCGACAAGACUGAUGCUAUUGCUGAUAUCAUCCGCAACAUCAGUGAGCAGUGUGCUGCUGCUGUCGAGGGACUUCAGCUCGCCAAUGAAGCGGCUGAUGUCGAGGAGGAAGAGCAGGCCGAGGCAGAUGAGACCAACAUGUCGACUUCGACGGGGCAUGUUCGACAAGACAGUGAGAACUUGUCUCCGGUCGACCAUGGUGCCAGCGAUUCUCGCGCUGGCACGGGUCAUUUGACUCCCCAGAGCGAACGAAGCUCGAUUCCUCCCACACCGGACUUGGUGCACCAACGAUCUAGUACUGCCUUGAGCAUGGCAAGCACGGCGCCCACGAACUACACUGCUCGAGAGUCUCUCAACCACAACACUCGAGGUCCUGAUUGCACGAAGAUUGUUGAGGAUGAAGAUGCCGAUCGAGCCCACGUGAAUGUUGCCAGCGGCACUGGUAGCGUGAAAGGCGACUCGGUGUCGGAGGAAAACAUCAAGGUGCCCCCCGGUCGAGGACCAGUUCUCAGCCGUGUGUUGGAAGCAUGA